AAAGAGAGCUUCCAUUCUCUCAAUUCCCACCCCACCACACCAUGUUCGACACAGUCUGCACAAUUCCGCUUUCUGCGGAUCUUUUCACGCAGGCCAUCCACCCCAACGAGCCCAUUGUCUCGGUCGGGCUUUCGUCAGGCCACGUACAAACCUUUCGGCUUCCGUUGGAGGAAAGCGACAGUGAUGACGAUGGGGCGUCUACGUCUUCGUCGCGGAAUGGAAAAGGCCACAUUGAUACUAUGUGGAGGACAAGACGGCACAAGGGGAGCUGUCGGACUUUGGCGUUUGGCAUUGACGGGGAGACGCUGUACUCCGCGGGGACGGAUGGAUUGGUGAAGGCCGCGAAGACGGAGACUGGAGUGGUGCAAAAUAAGAUUGCCAUUCCUCCAACGAAGGAUGGCUCCGUCGAUGCUCCGACUGUCAUUCACGCUCUUUCUCCUCAAACUCUUCUUCUUGCUACCGAUUCGAGUGCUUUGCAUCUCUAUGACCUGCGCACUCCAUUUUCGAAUGUCUCCGCUCGACCGGAGCAGACACACCAUCCCCACGAUGACUACGUUGCGUCUCUGACGCCUCUUCCGGCCUCGGAUACCAGCACUUCGGGUUUCAGCAAGCAAUGGGUUACAACGGGUGGCACAACGCUGGCCGUGACAGAUCUACGACGUGGGGUGAUGAUGCGCAGUGAAGACCAGGAGGAAGAAUUGAUCAGUUCCACGUACAUGGGCGGCCUCCCGUCCAGCGGAAGUAGCCGCGGCGAGAAAGUGAUUGUGGGUGGAUCCAGCGGAAUUCUUACGCUCUGGGAAAAGGGCGCUUGGGAUGACCAAGAUGAGCGGAUUUACGUCGAGCGGGGCGACGGUGGAGAAUUGGAAACCUUGUCCGUUGUUCCUGAUGAGCUGGGCAAGGGCAAGAUGCUCGCUGCUGGACUUGGAGGCGGUAAAGUCAAGUUUGUCCGCAUCGGCUCCAACAAGGUUGUCUCGGAGGUCAUGCAUGACGAGACCGAGGGUGUUGUGGGUCUUGGAUUCGACGUUGAAGGCCGCAUGGUCAGUGGAGGUGGACAAAUCGUCAAGGUCUGGCAUGAAGCCGUGGGCGAUGGCGAGGGUGAGGAAUUCUUGCCAACUGGAAAGCGCAUGAUGGAAAGCGACAGCGACGAUUCGGAUGAUGACAGUGAUGCGGAGAGCCACAAGGGCGAUCAGGGACGACAGAAGCGCAAGAAGAACAAGGGCAAAGACCGUCGCGGUGGACAGCAGGUUAUGGGCUUUGCUGAUAUGGACUGAUUGAUAUAUUGAUACCCACGGAGAGAAGGAUGACAAAAAAGAAAAUGCAUGGCAUUGGUGUCUUAGGGACGACAGAGAUUCGAGGAUGGAAACUAAAAGUCAAGGUCUGUAUGUACUUUUAUGAAACCAAAGUAUGCCAGAUGCCCUGGCGAUAUACGUAAGUAUAUCUAGGCAGAUUUAUACAUAAUACAAUGGUUAUUUAGACAUCACCAAGCAGCAUCUUCAGCUGGGACCAGCAAUUGAUGAUCAUCGGC